AUGGCCGAGGGUGAUGUGGUGAGUCCCUUGACGGGCGAAAAUCUCGUUCCGCAAGGUGUUCGUCGCGACGCGACCACACCACAACAAAAUCAACAAGUAUCACAACAAGCAGUAAUCAAGCCAACAAAGCAGCAACUACAACGUGGAAUUGAGGACCACGCAAAUCAAGGACUCAUGACGAUGGAGCAACUCGCAAAAGCAUCAAUUUUGAUGCAACGAUACAUACAAAUCAAUGGCAACGACAAGCUCGAUAAUCCGUAUUCACGGAUGUACGUGCAGCAGGCCAUUAACUUUGCAACCUCGCAAGGCGAGCGUAUGGACGCGUUUGCGGAGCUUAAGGGGCUGCUUGAGCAAGUCCUACAGGACAUCGCCGUGAUCCGUACAACAACAACGCAGGCAUCCAAAUCAAGCGCUACAACGGGACUGUCUAGCGACUCCGCUAUCCUCUGGAAAACCUACCAAUCUCAAAGCAGUGGCGUGGGUUCGUCCACCCCCGGUGUGAGCCAUGCAGAGCUGGGCAUGGACUGCGAAAUCGUGGUAAAGAUUCGGGACGAUUCCGAUCGUGCGAACGUACGGAAGAUGCAACCAGCCGAUAUCGUGAACCGUGCUGAACGAGCCAGGGCUCAAGCAGCGAAGAGCACUCCAAGCCUGCCUCUAGCCGGUCACGCCUUUAUCGCCGCACGACACCUGCCAUCCGGUGAUAUCAGCUUACGGGCGAAUCACGCCGCAGGUGCGGAGGUCCUCCGCCAGCACGGCAAGAAUUGGGUUCACGCGUUUGGGAAGUCAGCCUACGUACGUGUUCCUACAUGGGGAAUCGUCAUUGAUGGCAUGCCAAUGCAAUUCGUGGAUAUGAGUGAGGGAUUCAAGGGGGCACUUAUUGCUGAGAAUCAGGAUUGGGGACAGGGAUACGAGAUUGAGAUCGCGCACGUGGGAUGGCUUACAAAGCCAAAAGGCUACUCCGGGUCACUCGUGGUCGAGUUCACAAACUUAGUCGUCGCCAAUAACGCGAUUCGCAAGGGUACAGUUUGGCAUUCCCAUUCUCUCACCAACAGGUCCUAUUGCAAAGAGGGCAGGUGCAAGAUGUGUAAGAAGUGCCAAAAAUACGGGCACGUGCAAGCCCAGUGCCCAAAUCGAAAGUAUCAAUGUGGACUUUGCGCGGAAGAGCACCCGACCUGGGAGUGCCCUUCUAAACGGAGUAGGGAUUUGACGUACAAAUGUGCCAAUUGCAAAGGCCCGCACAAGGCUUCGAGCGACAGCUGCCCGAUCCGAAAGCAGGAGACAGCGCGUGCUUGUCAUGCCCUCCUCAUGAAUAGCACUGAACAUCGCGUCCCACAGUAUUUACAAGCAAGAAUGAUGCAACAGAACACUGAUCCAACACCAAGCGAAGCGGCUAAGAUAGCAGCUUCAAAGAAGGCGCAGCAACAACAACAAGCCCAAUCCCAGCCUCCGAAAAAGGUCACCAAAAAGGCGGCGUCAACGGCAAAGAAUGCGAAGGGUAAGAAGGCUCAACAAGCUGCAAAGAGCGCUCCCACACCAGCUCUGGAGACAGCUCGCGCCCCAGCUCCCGAGCCAGCUCCGGAGCAUGAAAUCGUACCAACAAUUGAUCGCCCAGCAACACCAGAUGCCCCAACGGCACCUCAACCACCACGAAUGAGUGUACGCGGACCUACAAAGGCUAUCCCAUUCAUGCCUAGCGCUGCUGAGAAGCGACCUCGAGGACGACCUCCUAAAUCAAAAUCGUCAACCAACGACAACCAGGAAGCGGAACCUCGUGAGCAUAUCGACACUGCCUUGACUGCAAGCCAGCCAAAUCCACCAACAACAAUCAACCUAGCGUUACUUAGCAACCCUGAUCCCAUCGUAUCAACCGCACCAACCACGUCAAAUGCGCCAAUCACGACAACCGCGCCAAAAGCACUGAGAUCACGGGGUCUCGCUCAACUGGUUGAUAUGCGUCAAGAUCCGGAGCAGCCACUUCGCGAGCAACGCCGCCGUGAACGGUCCCGAUCCCAAUCGUACGAUAACGCGCCUUUGCCACCGCCUUUACCGCCUAUGAACAUGCACAUUGACGACGAUAACUGCGUCGUACUCGACAGCGUGUUUAGCUUCCAAGAAAUUGAUAGCGGAGAGCUCAAUUCUGAUGCGCGUAGGGAGAUGUUAUCCCAGUUCACCGGCAACAAUAACAGCCGCAGAUGGCGCCCCAACAAUGGUCCAAUCCAGGAAGAGGACGUGGAUAGAGUCCUAGCGGAACAGGGCUACGUGAUGAGCAUAUCGACACAAUCUACUCCAGACCCUGCCCAAUGGUAG